AUGGGUUUUCCAAUUGAUUUCAACACCAAAAUCAAAGGAUUUGGCCAAGAAAUGAUGGUUUUGGAGAGCAAAAGGAUGAAGGCUCAUCAAUGGCACGAGAUUGUAGGUGAAGUAACAGAAGUGGGAAGCAAGGUACAAAAAUUCAAAGUCGGAGACAAGGUGGGUGUGGGGUGCAUGGUUCAAUCAUGCCGCUCAUGCCAAAGCUGUGAUGAAAGUCUUGAGAAUUACUGUCCAAAAAUGAUUCUAACCUAUGGUACCAAGUAUGUUGAUGGCACAACCACAUAUGGAGGCUACUCUGACCAUAUGGUUGCAGAUGAACACUUUGUGAUUCAUAUUCCAGAUGGUUUACCUCUUGAUGCUGCUGCUCCUCUCCUUUGUGCUGGGAUCACAGUGUAUAGCCCUUUAAGAUAUUAUGGACUUGACAAGCCUGGCCUUCAAUUGGGUGUGGUUGGUCUUGGUGGGCUUGGCCAUGUAGCUGUUAAGUUUGCUAAAGCUUUUGGGGCUAAGGUGACAGUAAUUAGCACAUCUAGCAAAAAAAAGAAGGAAGCCAUUGAACACCUUGGAGCUGACUUAUUUGUUGUCAGCAGGGACCCAGAUCAGAUGCAGGCUGUAAUGGGUACCUUGGAUGGUAUCAUUGACACAGUUUCUGCUGUCCAUCCUCUACUUCCUUUGAUUGGUCUGUUGAAGUCUCAUGGGAAACUUGUCAUGGUUGGUGCACCCGAGAAGCCACUGGAGCUACCGGUGUUGUCUUUACUUUUGGGGAGAAAGUUAGUAGCUGGCAGUUGCAUUGGAGGAAUUAAGGAGACACAAGAAAUGAUUGAUUUUGCUGCUAAACAUGAUGUGAAACCUGACAUUGAGGUUAUUCCUAUAGAUUAUGUGAACACUGCAAUGGAGCGCCUCCUCAAAGCAGAUGUGAAAUAUCGAUUUGUGAUUGACAUUGAAAACACACUAAUGCCAAGCUCUUAAAUUUUCAUGAUUCAUGUUUCAGAGAAUGAAUGUAAUGCAA